CAGCGGUAGUCGGAUGCCUUAUCCUUGUCCUCGUCAUGGUGUUAGUUUUGAUACGCCUUCGGAAACGGAAAAGGAAGUGCGGAGGAAUACUUAGCAGCAGCAUGAGAUACAGCAUGCAAGCGAUAUCGCGAGAAAACAGGCUCUAUAAUCACCACGCAACAGCUGAACUUCCGCCAGAAGAAGAAAGCAUCUCAGGAUGUGAGAUUUACGGACGACGAGAAGAGAUACUGACAUAUGAGCAGAAGAGACGCUUUGGGCUUGUGAAUAUCAAUAAAAGUACCCAAACACCAUUGGAGACACUGCUUUACUGUAACGCUCAGGCGAGAAGUACGAUUGAUGAUCCAUUCCAAAGAAGAUUUGAAAAAGGACGCAGCGAACUGAUCAAUACGGAUUAUGACUACGCGUUAGGUCACCAAGGUGUUGCUCGUUCCAUCAGUUCUCAGACUGAAAAAUACUCAUGUCCUGUCCGUCGUAGCCGACGACGCAAAUCAUCUCGAAAAUCAAAAACAUUUAGCGGCGCCCCUCCUCCUUGUGGGCGUCAGAGGUUAUCAAGUCCCAGCUCUGAUGGAAUGGAGAGGAUCAGCUACAUCGACCCUGAUUUGUGCAACACCUACCCUGAUUUGUGCAACACCUGCCAGUCUGGUGAAGAUGCUCUCAGCCCCGAAUCUGAGCCAUCCAGUGAAGCAGACAGCGACACGGAAAGUUCCGAUUACGACAGUGACCCGCCAAAAAUACUCAUCGACAAAAAACUUAUAGAAUAUGUGAGGAAACUCGAGAAAAAACACACAGUUUAUAUUGAAAAAUACAAAACUCCAAAAAGUUCCCAUCUUAAGUAUUGUUCUAAACCAGUGUCUAUGGAAGUCCCGCCGGUUGGACCCAGAAGACGCGCCAACACAGGUGUACUGAAACUUCUGGACAGGAGGAAGACGAACGUCGGGAAGACCUUCUCCAUACCAGUCAAUAUCGAAACAGUGUCGUGUAGGCCGUGUCCUCACCGUCAGGCACCAAAGCCAUGUCUCUCCGAGGUGGACUACCUUAAGAUACUGUCCUAACAUCCCACAACGCAUACAUUGUAGUAAGCGCAUGCGCAAUUGCUCAUAUUCAUUUCAGCAGACUUGAUUUCAUGGGACCAAUUGCAAAUAUUGGAUGUGUAUUUAUUUUGAAUGCAAAACUAACAUCCUUUAUGGAAAUGAGGACAUAAGUUGUGAGGAGUUGAGAUUUUAAUAAUUUAUUCUUAUCUUCAGAAUCAUGUGUAAAAUAUUGUUGCCAUAAAAUUACGUACACUUGUAAACUGUUAUUUAUAAACUAUAAACAAAGUUAUGACUUUAGAUUUUUUGAUCUCAGAACAAUAA